GAAACGCUCGGCUCAUCCUCAUCAGUAUCCGUCGAGCGUUGUGCACGUGAACUCGUCACUGAUUUAACAUUCGAGAGAACGGGAUGCCUUUGCACGGCAUAAAAUCAUUGUUGCUGGAACUAUUUUCUCGAUAUCAAUUCAUUAUUUUCACCUGAUUAUUGUCACAACGGAAUUCAUUGUUAUCGCGUGAAAUUGUGGUUUGCCAACGUGUCACCAUUGGUAACAGUUCGUUUUCGCAUUUUUAUUGUGAAUGUUUAGAUAAUAAGAGUGUCUGGAAAUAAGGAAAAUGGCUGGUGUUUCAGUAUUUGAUGAGGUGGAACGAAAAAUAAGCAAACACAGUUUGCGAAUAUCCCUGGACCUCUCAAAGGAGAACGAUGCAGAUUCAUCGAAUGGCAUGAAAAAAUUCGUGGGAAGUGUCGAUGACAUGAAAGACGAUAAUGAAUCAAUUAUCUCGACCUCCUGCUUCGCAAACGGAAAAUCCUCCAUGAACUCCUGGUUUUCCAAGCAUCGUAGAGCUAUAAAAGCAUUGAAAUACGUCAUUCUGCACGCAAUCAUCCUAGUUUACGCCGUUUUCGCCAGUUUAUACUGGACGAAUCACAACUCCAACUGUGAGCUCGAGUGGUGCAAUGGAUAUGGCAUGCUUCUGAUCCUGCUCGGAAUUGUUUAUUUUAGUCUUCUGUAUUAUUACGUUAUCAAGAGGUAUCUCAGCGAUGGUAUUAAGACAGUAUUCUCUCCGAUUUCUUCCUGCAUUCAAUCCAUUCGUGGAAGAAGUUGCCUCUCCCGUUCUUUAAAAACAAGCUUCUAUAUUGCACUCUUCAUUGCUCUAGUGAUCUUCUUAAUUUACGAUACAAUUGACUCGAGAGAUCGCCUGAUAAGUUGCAUUGGCUUUGCCACAAUUCUUCUCUUUGGCUUCGUAUUCUCGAAACAUCCGACACAGAUUAAUUGGAGACCUGUCAUAUGGGGCAUAAUCCUCCAAUUUUUAUUCGGCUUGAUAACAAUUCGAUGGGAAAUUGGUAGACAAAUUUUCGAAUGCCUAUCGAAUAAAGUCGCUAAAUUUCUUGAUUACGCCAAGGACGGGGCGUCUUUUGUAUUCUCAAAUACGCUUGUUAAUAACGGAGUCUUCGCUUUUUCUGUACUUCCUGUGAUAUUUUUCUUCAGUUUUAUGAUCCAAAUACUUUACUAUUGGGGCGCUAUGCAAUGGGUCAUUACGAAACUGGGCUGGGCGUUGCAUUCAAUCAUGGGUACGACAGUUUGUGAAUCCUUGAAUUCAGCUGCCAAUACGUUCCUGGGAAUGACAGAAUCCCCGUUACUGAUAAAGCCCUAUAUUUCGAAACUCACGACGUCUGAAAUUCACGCAAUCAUGUGCUCCGGAUUUGCAACUGUUUCAGGAACGGUUUUGGCAGCUUAUAUUAGUUUUGGGGCACAACCGUCGCACCUCAUAACAGCCUCUGUAAUGUCAGCACCUGCAGCUCUAUGUUAUGCAAAAUUAUUUUACCCGGAGACCGAAAAGAGUCAGACGACUUUCAAGAAUAUUCCACUGCAAAAAUCUGAGGACACAAGUGUGAUGGAUGCCGCGACGAAAGGCGCACUAGCCGGAAUUCCUCUAGUACUUGGAAUUGUCGCAAAUAUUGUGGCAUUUGUUUCCUUCAUUUCUUUCCUCAAUGGAAUUCUAUCGUGGAUUGGAGGUCUUGUUGGUUUUCCUGCUUUAACAUUUGAGUACCUCUUAUCCAAAGCAUUCAUGCCCUUGAGUUGGAUAAUGGGUGUGCCCUGGGACCAGUGUGAAGAUGUUGGCACCCUGAUAGGUCUGAAGACAGUAGUUAACGAAUUCGUAGCCUAUCAGAAACUCGGAGAAUUCAAAGCCCAGGGUAGACUCACCCCGCGGGUCGAAGGAAUCGCCACAUUCGCAAUCUGCGGAUUUUCCAAUCCUGGAUCGAUUGGAAUAAUGAUGGGGGGAUUGGGAUCAAUGGCGCCGGACAAACGGGAGCAAAUUGCGUCUGUCGCCAUAAGAGCCUUCAUCGCUGGCUCCGCUGUUUGCUUCUUGACUGCCUCCAUUGCUGGAAUGCUCAUGAAUGAGGAUUUCUACGCUCAAACCGUCGUUAAUGGGACAACACUGAGUCCGGUGACAAAAAGUUGAUAAAUAUUCUGAAAAUAUUUUCAAACAGUAUUCCCGAUGAACAUCGCUCAUUUCUGUAAUUUCAAUUGUACUUAAUCCUUCGUCCAGUACUUCAUUUUCUAACAGAAGAAAGUACACAUUUUAAAAACAUCACGUAGACAUAUGGAAAAAUCAAAAUCUAUUGAUUUUUUUCUCUCAAAUGUAAAAAAAAAAAAAUCUUGAAAAGGUAAAUAAAUUCGCAUGCUCUGUGAAAUUUUUUCACACUCAAGAAAAAACAAA